AUGUUAACAUUAAUAAUAACCAAGUUAUUAAACACCAAGAAUCCUAAUUGGUUACAAUCCUCAAGAUUUAGAUCUUUACGAAUCACUAAUUCAAAUAUUGGUACUUGUGGUGGUAAUGAAAGGAUAAAAUUAAUUUCAUCAGUAUUAAGGAAUAAUAGAUGUGAAAGUGUUCGCUUGUAUCAUGAUGAUGGUGCUUUUGGAUUUAGAAUUCCUAGAGUAUUUAGCAUGACUGAUUAUACACAAGAAGAAUUAUCAAAUAGAGUUGAAAAUGCAAAUUUAUUAAGAUAUAUUACUGCUUAUCGAACUCAUGGUCAUAGAUGUGCAUAUAUUGAUCCUUUAGGAAUUAUGGAACGAGAAGAAGUUGUUGCUUUGGAUCAUGCUCGAUAUGGAUUAACAGAUCCUACAAAAGUUUAUAAUUUGACUGGAAUUUUGCAUGUAAACGAAUCAAAAACUUCGACAAACUCAAAAGCUGAAGCAAAUCUCGGACAUAUUAUUUCACAUUUAAAAAAAGUUUAUUGUGGUAAAGUUGCUUAUGAGUUCAUGCAUAUUCCAAAUGCAAGUGAAAGGCGAUGGUUUUAUUAUAUGAUAGAAUCGUUUAAUACUUUAUCGUUGACUAUUGAACAGAAACGAAGAAUUUUCGAAGUGCUAACUAGAUCGGAGGUAUUUGAUCAUUUUAUGGCAAAGAAAUUUCCUCAAGUUAAACGAUAUGGUCUAGAAGGUGCCGAAUCAAUGAUUGUGGCUUUAGAUAGAUUAUUUGAGGUGUCCAAUAAAUGUAAAUUUUUAACCUUUCUUGCCGGAAUUGUCGAAGCUGUUUUAUGUAUGCCGCAUAGAGGUCGUCUAAACCUAUUAACAGAUUUGCUACACUUUUCGCCUACAAGAUUAUUUCAUAAAAUUAAAGGAAAUCCGGAAUUUCCUGAAAAUUUACCUGCCACCGGCGAUGUUCUGUCUCACCUUGCCAUCUCAUCAACGUUGGAAUAUGGUGGUGCAAAGCCUAUUACUAUAUCAAUGCUACAUAAUCCUUCCCAUCUUGAGGCAGUAAAUCCAGUAGCAAUGGGAAAAGCACGAGCAAAACAAAUGGACCUUAUAAAAUCCGAAACAGAUUGCGAACUUGGUGAUCGUGUUAUGUGUAUACAAUUACAUGGUGAUGCGGCAUUUACAGGGCAAGGCGUUAUAAUGGAAAGUUUUGGAUUAUCAAAUUUACCACAUUUUUCAUCCGGUGGAUCGAUACAUAUUGUAGUAAAUAAUCAAUUGGGUUAUACAACUCCUGCUCAAAAUGCUAGAAGUAGUUGGUAUUGUAGUGAUAUUGGAAAAAUGAUUAAUGCUCCUGUAAUUCAUGUUAAUGGUGAUUUUCCUGAGGAAGUGACUCGAGCUGUUGAAGUGGCAUUUGAGUAUAGAAACAAGUUUCGAAAAGAUGUUAUAAUAGACUUGAUAAGUUACCGUCGAUGGGGGCAUAAUGAACUUGAUGAACCAGCAUUUACGCAGCCAUUGAUGUAUAAUAAUAUAAGGUCAAGAAAGAGUGUACCAAAGUUAUAUGAAGAAAAGCUAUUGGCGGAAGAAUCAAUUCUUUCAGAUAACGAUAUUUCAGAAUUUAGAAAGAAUUAUUUUAACACUUUGGAUGAAUAUUAUAAAAAGAGUGAUACAUAUAAGCCAGAGGCAGAUAUGUUAAAAAAGAAAUGGGAUGGAUUUAUAAUGCCGACUGAAACUGUUACUAAAAUGGAUACGAGUAUUUCAAGAGAAACUUUAGAAAAUAUUGGAAAGACAUCUUCGGUUCAUUCGAGAUUAAAAAAAUAUCAUAUACAGUCAAGAUUGCAGAAAAUUACUGAAGGAAAGAAUAUUGACUGGGCUACUGCAGAGGCAUUAGCACUUGGAUCAUUAAUGAUAGAGGGGCAUAAUGUAAGAUUAUGUGGUCAAGAUGUUGGUCGAGGAACUUUUAGUCAACGUCAUGCAAUGAUUGUAUGUCAAGAUACAGAAAGAGUUGUUGUACCUUUAAAUAACUUGGCAUCUAAUCAAGGAAUGCUUGAGGCAUGUUUUAUAUCAAUACUCAUUGUGAAUAGUCCCCUAAGUGAACUAGCUGUUGUAGGAUUUGAGUAUGGAAUGUCAUAUGAAUCUCCACACAAUCUUGUUAUCUGGGAAGCUCAAUUUGGGGACUUUUUUAAUGGAGCUCAAGUUGUUAUUGAUACUUAUGUUUCUAGUGGCGAAGUAAAGUGGUUAAGACAAUCUGGGCUUGUGAUGCUUUUGCCACAUGGUUACGAUGGCGCAGGACCUGAGCAUUCUAGUUAUGAGAGUAUACCAAACAAUCCAAAUAUGCAUAUUGUGAACCUGACAACUCCUGCACAAUAUUUUCAUGUUUUAAGAAGACAGAUGAAAAGAAAUUUUAGAAAACCAUUAAUAAUAGCUACACCAAAAAUAUUACUAAAAUCACCCAAUGCAGUAUCCGAUUUUGAAGAUAUGUUGGACGAGACUACGGUUGAAAAAAUUAUAUUCGUAUCGGGAAAACUUUAUUAUGAUUUAGUCAAAGAGAGGCAGAGUAAAAAACUUGAAGAUAAAAUUGCUAUUAUUAGAUUUGAGGAGUUAUGCCCAUUUCCAAAAUCUGACGUUGAAAAAGAAUUGAAAAAAUAUACAAACGCUAAAGAGUUUAUUUGGUGUCAAGAAGAACCACAAAAUAAUGGCGCCUAUACAUUUAUUGAGCCAAGAUUAAAGCAACUAUUACCAUCUGAACAAAAGUUAAAAUAUAUUGGGAGACCACCAAGUGUUGCACCAGCUGUUGGUGUUUCGCAAUGGCACAAAGCGGAGAUCAAUAAUGUUUUAAAAAAUGUAUUUUAG